AUGCCCGCGAUCCCCACGGCUCCAGCCCCUUGCCCCGCGCGCUUCCUCCUCGCCCGCCGCCACAGCCUCCACGCCUCCUACCCAUCGCCGUGCUCUAACCACCAGCGGCUCCCGCCCGGCCUCCUGCGCCUGCCCGCUCGCCCCCAGGCCGCUCCCAUGUCCGCCGAGGCGCGGGCACCCGCGCCGCCGGUGGCGCCGCCGGCACACCCCACCUACGACCUCAAGGCCGUCAUCGCGCUCGCCCUCGCAGAGGACGCCAGGCGACCGAGCUACGCAGCAAACUACGUGCACACUUCCGUAGGAUGUCAUAGGUCAUGGGAUGUAUCUUGUUUAGCCACCAUACCUUCUGAUGUGGAAGCCAAAGCCACAUUUAUUGCUAAAGCAGAUGGUGUCAUUGCUGGAAUAAGCCUAGCAGAUAUGAUAUUUAACCAGGUUGACCCAUCUUUGAAGGUUGAAUGGUUUGAAAGUGAUGGAAAUUAUGUCCAUAAAGGAUUGCAGUUUGGAAAAGUAUAUGGGUGUGCCCGGAGCAUCAUCGUUGCUGAAAGGGUUGUGCUAAAUUUCAUGCAGCGGAUGAGUGGCAUUGCGACCCUAACAAAGGCUAUGACUGAUGCUGCCUGUCCAGCAUGCAUAUUGGAAACAAGGAAAACCGCCCCAGGUUUACGUCUGAUUGACAAGUGGGCAGUACUGAUUGGUGGUGGAAAGAACCACAGGCUUGGUUUAUUUGAUAUGGUUAUGAUAAAAGAUAAUCAUAUUUCUGUUGCCGGUGGGAUUGCAAAUGCAAUGAGAUCUGUUGAUCAAUUCCUGCAGAAGGAAAAACUCACAAUUCCUGUUGAGGUCGAGACAAGGACAAUUGAAGAAGUGACAGAUUUGUUGAAGUAUGCUGCUGAGAACAAAACUUCAUUAACCCAUAUAAUGUUGGACAAUAUGGUUGUUCCUCUUGCAAAUGGGGAUGUAGAUGUUUCGAUGCUUAAAGACACAGUUCAGUUGAUAAAUGGUAGAUUUGAGACUGAGGCGUCUGGAAAUGUGACAGUUGAUACAGUAAAGAAAAUCGGAGAAACGGGAGUCACCUAUAUUUCAAGUGGAGCAUUAACGCAUUCUGUGAAGGCACUUGACAUCUCUCUCAAGAUAGACACCGAGCUCGCUCUUCAGAAUAAUUGGCAGGACAGACAGGUUGCUCCAGCAUUUGUGAGCAUCAAGUUUGGAAGCUGGAAAAGUUGCGUUGUGCGGCAGGAAGGCAGGCCAGGCAGAUAG